UCGGUAUUUUGUUAUUUUACUUUUUACCACAAGAAAGGGUAAUUUGGUCCAUUUCUUCAACUUACUAACUGGUUGACGAACACGUAUCAGUUAGAUGGCUCAGCCUCCAAACUACAGUCAAAUUCCACAGAAUGAACAUAGGCCCCAGCCAUAUCCAUCAACUAAAGUCCAGCCAGAUGGAGCUGGAAAAUUAUCAACUUAUCACGAAGAAGAUGACAAUAAACAACCGCCACAUACUUUACCGGAAAAUCAACAGUUUACCGAUACUGAAUCUUUACCUGCCUAUAAGGAAGUUCCUGCGAUGAUACAUAAAGGGGAUUCACUACCGCCAUUUACGUCAGUUGAACAUAUAUGUGUUGUAACAGACAAUGCACCAACAUACGAUAGCGUUCCAGUAAAUGUAGAUCAACCUAUGUCAUCAAUUUCUAUCGAUCCAUGCUUACCUGAUAAUCAAACUGUUACUAUUUCUACCUCAAAAGGACAGAGGAGAUCUUUGGAUCCACAAGACAAAGCCGAUUAUCUUUGUUUUGCUAUUUGUGCAUGUGUCUGCUGUAACCUCCUAUUUGGGUUGGGUGCCAUCUGUAUGGCAAUUGAAGUGUGUUUCCUGUUUGGUAUUCUAUGA